CUUCGAUCGGGAAUGCAGAGAUCUUUGACUCCGUUGGCUCGGCCGCUCGUGAAAGCGCGUGGGUUCUGCACGAAACCCGAGAAAAUCUUAGCUUCCGUACUAUUCGAGCGCUUGCCCGUUGUUAUCCCAAAGAUCGACCCUGUCGUUUACGCAUUUCAGGAGUUCUCGUUUCGGUGGCGACAGCAAUAUCGACGCAGAUAUCCAGAUGAACUUUUAGAUAAGUCUAAUUCUAGGGGUAGAGGUGACUAUCAAAUGGAUUAUGAACCAGCUCCACGGAUCACCGAAGCUGAUAAAAGGAACGAUAAGAAGUCGUUGCAAAGAGCACUAGACAAAAGGCUUUAUCUCCUUCUCUAUGGCAAAGCAUUUGGAGCUCCUAGUGGGAAGCCUGUCUGGCAUUUUCCUGAAAGAGUUCACGACUCUGAGAAAACAUUACGCAAGUGUGCAGAGUCUGCAUUAGCAUCUGUGAUUGGAGACCUUUCCCGCACAUAUUUUGUUGGAAAUGCUCCAAUGGGUCAUAUGGUUAUCCAGCCGACAGAGCAUGAGUCGGACUCUUCAUCUUUCAAGCGAUUCUUCUUCAAGUCCCAAGUGGUUGCAACCAACAAGUUCGACAUUGGGGAGUGUGAGGAUUUUGUUUGGGUGACCAAGGAUGAACUGUUGGAGUAUUUUCCCGAGCAAGCUGAAUUCCUCAACAAGAUGAUUAUCAGCUGA